AUGCAGUCAAGACUUGUGAAGCUCUGGCUUCUUGCCAGCGCUCUCUCUAGCUUACCGGCCUCUGCAAAUCCUCUCCAUGCCCGAGGGGAUGGCAGUACUUCUACCUGGGAUUCAUAUGGAGGCGGCGGCGGUGGUGGUGGGGGCAGUACAGAUGUCAACCCUGUCAACAGUGGUUGCUCAUCGACUGUCAUAACCACGAUAACUAGUGUUCUGCCGGGCACAUGCACUUCACUCACCCCUAUUGGUCCUGGAGGAACUAAUGGUUGCUCAACCUUUACGGUUACUCUGCCAGGCCCGGCUCCUUCAACUUUGACUGUGACCCUUGAAGGGGGAGUAAGAACAAUUACUCAAACCAUCGUUCAGCCUGGACCAGGGCAGACGGUAACAUCAACAGUCACUCAAGGAGGCCCGCCAACCACGAUAACUCGAACACUUACCCAACCAGGUGGAGCAAGGACAGAAACUGUGACAAUUCCAGGUCCUGCACAGACGAUAACCAUACCUGGAAGUACGAGGACGGAGACAAUCACCAUUCCAGGUGGAGUGAGAACAGAAACGGUCACAGUUCCAGGACCUGGACAAACCCAGACAGUAACUCGACCGGGCCCUGCACAAACUGUAACAAUUACCCAGCCAGGCGGAGGCCCAGCACAGACGGUGACAGUCACGCAACCAGGCGGAGGACCGGCACAGACGGUGACCGCCGUAUCUCAAGCAGAAACCCAAACCCAAACGCGAACUGUUACUCUCCCAGGAGGUGGUGCUGUUACUUCGACAUUGACAUUGACCAACACGAUCACUCGAGGUGGCGCGACAACGACCACUACGGCUACAGUAACAGACACAAGAUCUUGUACCCAAGUCGCACCAGGAGGUAGUGAUGGCGGCGGCGGCGGCGGCGAUGGUACAACGACCUGGGGAGAUUGGCCAGCAACAGCAACGGCGACAUCAAGUGGAUGGUAUUAA